AUGGAUUUAUACAACGAUCCAUUUUUUACAUAUGCGGAUUAUUGUUGGCCGGUAGUCUACCGCGACUGUGACUUCCCAGUGAGACGUCAGCGGCAAACACGUACUUGCUAUGCCUUUUCUACUGUGGAUGCCAUUUCCGCGUCGUAUUACAUGGCUACCGGCCAGAAUUUCAGAUGCUCGGAACAAGAGUGCUUGGAUUUUUUUAUUUCAGACGCCUUCGACUAUGUGAAGCAGUUUGGGCUGUCACGAGAUUCGGACUACCCGUUUCUCGGUCAGUGGCAAAAUGUGCCCUGGACUGACCGACUAAAGACGGUGCCAAUAGGCCCAAGAAUAUACAUUACGGAUUAUAUGCGGCUUGGAGGGGAUCGUAAGGUUGGAAGGGUUCUUGAGAUUGAUCAUGAGACAAUUAGGCGAAAUCUUCGGAUGAUGGGCCCUCUAGUUGUGGGCUUACCCGUAGUGGCGGAGCCAAAAAUUUACAUUGCAGAGGGCUAA